GUGUCCGGGCCGUGGGCCGGAGCGGGUCGUGCGCGCUGAGGAGGAGCCGCCGCUGCCGUCGCCGUCGCCGCCGCUGCCGCCACCGCUACCGAGGCCGAGCGGAGCCGUUAGCGCCGCGUCGCCGCCGCCCGCCCGCCCCGGAGCAGACCCGGGCCCGCCCGCCCGCUUCCAGAUUUAAAAAAAAAUACAAUGUCUAAUGGUUAUGAAGACCACAUGGCUGAAGACUGCAGGGAUGAUAUUGGGAGAACAAAUUUGAUUGUCAACUACCUCCCUCAGAACAUGACCCAGGAUGAGUUACGAAGUUUGUUCAGCAGUAUCGGUGAAGUUGAAUCUGCAAAACUUAUUCGGGAUAAAGUAGCAGGACACAGCUUGGGCUACGGCUUUGUGAACUACGUGACUGCAAAGGAUGCAGAGAGAGCGAUAAACACGCUGAACGGCCUGCGGCUCCAGUCAAAAACCAUUAAGGUGUCGUAUGCUCGCCCGAGCUCAGAGGUCAUCAAAGAUGCCAACUUGUACAUCAGCGGGCUUCCGAGGAACAUGACCCAGAAGGAUGUGGAGGACAUGUUUUCUCGUUUCGGGCGGAUCAUCAACUCCCGGGUCCUCGUGGAUCAGACCACAGCUGUGGAAGCUCAUCUUGGCAUGGGCUGGCCCUACCUGCUGCCCAGGCUGCAGUCCUGGGCUGGGGCCCGGCCUGGAGACGAGUGGACAGCCCGAGUCUCCCAGGGGCCUGAGGAGGAGAAGGGGCUUCUGGACCCCAAGCUCUGCUGGAGGGACAUAGACUCCACCCACCCGGCCUCCUUUCUGCCCCUCGGCUCUGGGCCGGGGGAUGGGCAUGAGCCCCACCUGCACAGAAGCACCUGCGUGGGCCACCUGGAGACCUGGCGGGGUGACGGUGCUGGCCCGUAUUCUGCCUCCAUGGCCCUGCUUUUCCUGAUCCUGUACGGACUGCUGUGCCUCUGCUCGCCUCUGUCCAGCGCAGCACCGCUGAGCGGGGCCCAGCUCUCGAGUUGGAGUCCACCCACCUCGAGAACGCACCCCCUGCCACGUAGCUUUUGUCUGCAUCAUCCUGAGGGAGGUCUCUCCUGCAGAUGGUUCCCUCACCCCUUUGCUGGGACUUUUGCCUCCUUUCCCUCUGCAAGGCUGGUGUCUCCUAGAGUUUGGGGGCACCUCAGGGUUGUGCCCUCAGGCCCCCCCGCCAGCUUCUGCCACUUAGGCGAGGGGACAGGGUCCCUACCCCACACCUCUGUCUGUGUUCAGGAGCUUUGCGAGAGGGCAGGGGGAAGGAAGCCGUGAGGGAGCCCCAGGGGCUCCUCCCUCUCCACAGCCCUGCCCUAGGCCGGGUGUCGGAUUGGAGAGUAGAAAGGUGGGCCCCCGGGACUGUGGGCUCCCCUUCCUUCCCUCUGCUCCAGAGGAGGCCACCAUGCAGGGCUCCUCUGCUGGGACAGAGGCUGCUCGUUGCUGGGGCCCCAUGGAGCCCCGACGGCUGGGGCAGAGAAUAGCGGGGCAAGCAAGUUUGUGUGUCAAGUUUGCCUUCGUAUGACGUGCUUUUUAAAGAAACAGAGAAGCUCUCUUAAAAAACCUUAAUUUCCUGAGCUGACAGAACUUUUUCAAAGAAUGUCUUUGCUUCUUUAUACAUUUUAAUUGUGAACUUCUUAGUUGACUCAUCUGGAGAUCGUGCCAUUUAUUGGUCUGCUCUUAAUCCUAAAAAUGCUAAAGGAAAAAGAAAAUCCACAGAGUCAUCUUCAAAAAGUAUACAUUCAUCCAAUCAUUGAGUGAGUUUAUAUUCCCUCACUUUAAGUAACAUUCUCUCUCUUACUCAGGUUUUCUUCAUUUCACUCGGGCAGUUUUCAUUUGAUAGUCAUUUUGCAAAACCAAACAGGGAAACCACACUUGUGCACACACACUCUGUCUGCUUGAUUGCAAGGUCUUUAUAAAUAGAGUGGAACCGUAUCCUGCAGGCAGCUUUCUGUAGCAGCCAGCCAACCACAGCUUCCAGUGGGAUUUGCCUGCAGUUAGAUUUCAUUCGGGUUCCCAUCUGUCUAAGCUGUCGUUCGUGCCGUUUAAGAGUAAAUAAAAACAGUGUAUGCCAAGUACAUGUUUUCAGGUGUUCCUUCUGAACUGAAAUUUUAAAGUGGGCUCAGGCUCUAGAAUUUUCCUGGCACACGUGUGAAUUGCUGGGUCUGAUCUCACUAAUUCAGUGAGCAUCUCUGGCUGUGUCAAUUUUAAAUUUUUACUUAAAUAGUGAUGGAACCAAUGCGGGGGCAGCCCUGAGGCCAUGCGGAGCUGCUGUGCUGGGGGCGCCCCAGAAGGGAGAGUUUCCCAGUUGGAGAGUUACGGUGUGUGCUUUAGGACUUGGCGGAGGGCAUCCACAGGAUGCUCCUGUUGUAAAGAAAGAGCCCCUGCCCGAGGGUCCCUGACUACUGUCUACUUGUUCACAUGGGACCCACGGUGUUGCAACCAAGUCAGGACAGAGCUUGGGAUUCUAGGCCCCGAGGGGACGGCCGCGCCUUGCAGUGACACUUGUCAUCUCCGCACCAGCCUGGUGUGCCCGAGUCUCCCAGGCCCCUCCGCGGCCUUGGGGCCAGCUGGGGAUACCCACGCCUUGUUGCCCAUCAUGGUGACGGUGGGUGGGACCCUGCAGGAAAUGGCAAGGAAAGGUGCCAGCAUGUGGGAGCUGACUGGGGGACGUUCCUCACUCUCACUUAGCCGGUGGCCCGAGGCCCUGGGCUCUUCUGCUCUGAUGGUCGUCACUCACCACAUGCUAAAGGCCUUUGUCUAGAGAAGAAAUUGUGUCUUACGGCUGUCUGCCUCAGCCUCCUCUACCAGGGCAUACUGUGCCUCCAGCCCAGGCCCGUCACCCCCAGGCUGGCCCUCAGCCGUCACCAGUACACUUCGACCUUCACACUUGACCCCUGUUUCUUCUCCCCAGGAGAGGGAGCCAGUUCUCUUCCCCGGCUCCACAUUCCCUCACCUCAGCCCCACCCCAUUCCUCGAGUUCUUCAAGGGACAAGGGCCCCCAUCAUCCCCCCCCCAGACCCAGAACGACGGCAUAUGGGGCUAGAGGGUGACUGAGCCCCUUCCCAUCUGGUUUGUUCAGGUCUCACACUUGUGCCAGACUAAACUGACCCUGCCUUCAGCAGUUGGGCCUCGGACUCAGGUAGCGUGGUCCCGGGCCAUGUCCUUGCUCUGUCGAGGGAUGGGGUUACAGCAGGCCCAGGACUUGCCUUUGGUGGCUCAGUCCAGGUGGCAAGAGAAGGUGUUCUCCCAAGGCAGCUGGAGGUGGCGAUGAAUGGGCGCAAGACAGGGACUGUUCAGCUGCCGGGGAGUGUGUGGGUGGGUGUGUCAGCAGUUUUCUGGGAAAAGAAUGUGUGGCCUCACUUGAUUCUGAGGGCAAUUUGGGGCCCACAGGAGGUCCCAGGACCUUACAGUGGAAUAUCCAAGAGGUGAGUGAGGUGUUGGUGGCAGGAAAGAGUCAUCAGAGUUCAGCUUGGUUACUAGGAUUCCACACCCUUGAGGGAUGCAGGAGGCUGAGCCAGGCACCGAGCAAACAGGGAUUCGGUCAGGCCAGCCCAGGAGGCGACAUGCUGCAAAGGCCCAGCUCGGGUACGUGGCCAGAUGGCCGGGAAGGCCAUGGGAGGGAGCUCCCAGAGCCCAGGGACAAUUCCUUGUCACCCACCUACCCCUCAGCAUGCCGUGCACCCACACUGCAGUGGGCACCUGGCAUCGAAAUGGUGAUGGAGGACAUAAUCUCUUCUAAUGUGGCUUCUUUUAA